ACAUGUAUGGCCUGGAUGCGAGUCCUUUAAGCCAAGUUUUUGUUUUGUUCAAAACACAUUAUUUAAAGAGUUGUAUGUCAGAGAAUGCACUUUUGUUAAAACUUAAAACACUUCACUUUAAAUCUUCAACACUGUGUUUUUAAUAUACUUGUAUAACGGAACGUAACUGUCAACUUGCUCCGCUCCUAGGCUCCUACUGAAGUAAUGUACCUAUAGCCUAUGUCUCUUAUUAUUUUGCAAUACAAGAAUACGGAUUUACAUGUUUGCUGUUUUCUUCGUCAUCCCCUCAAGACUAUGGGGUUCCACGCGCACUCUGUGUACACCCCUCAAUAAAAUACCUCUCCUUAAUUUACUAUUUUAAAAGUGACUACUUCUAUUUGCGUGACGAUAUUUAGGAAGAUUGAUAAUAACGAUGGACUCAGCGUUGCAAGCCACAGAGGCCGUUUUUGUGAAGGCUGAGCCUCCUGAGGAUGCGUGUGUACAAGACGUGCCCUCAUUAACUUAUAUGUCCUCAUGCGAGGAUAUGACCAUAAAAACCGAGUCCUUGUGCGAAAGUGGGUCUAUAGAAAUCGAGCUGCCUUUGGCUGAUGUGCAUGUUAAACAAGAGCCUUCAGAGCCAGAUGGCACGGCGGCGGCGGGACCGUACGCCGGUCACCUCGAGAAUAAUGAGCUGCUACUUGAGCCCGUGCGCGGUCCUGAGCCAGUGCCGCAGCGACGCAUCGUUGCUGCGCAAGGGAAAACUCCAACAAAGAAAACAAGUGCAAAAAUGAAAAUUUUCAAAUGUGCCUACUGUAAAUAUGAAACUGUUAAUCUACUCUGGUUAAUAAGACACACGAAGAAACAUUGUGAUAAAAAUACUGCCAGUAAAAGUCGUUUAAGAGUCCAUAAAAACAAUCAUACUGUGGAGACAUUCAAAUGUGGACGUAUUUAUGCUAGUACCAGCAAAAGUAAUUUACUACAUAAAGUCAAACUUUAUAAAUGUAACCAAUGUAGUUUCGCAUGUACCCAACAAGAUGAUUUACUUAAACAUAAAAUAGUACAUACCGUCAACCCAGGUAACCCUCAAGGGAAUUUGCAAGUUCCUGAAAGGAAAGAUACUAGUGAAAAAGCAUACAAAUGCAGCUAUUGCAGUGAUUCUUUCUUAGAAGAAGUUAGCUGGCAAGUACAUGAAAGGAAACACACUGGUGAAAAACCCUUCAAGUGCGAUCAAUGUAGUUACGCCGGUACACAAAUAAACUAUUUACUACGCCAUAAAGCUAUGCAUACUUAUGUAAUUCCUUAUAAAUGUAGCCAAUGUAACUUCACUUGUACCAAAAAAGAUGAUCUAUUAAACCACAAAGUAGUACAUAUCAAAGACCAACCUUUUAAGUGUGACAAAUGUAGUUUUGCUACUGACAGAAAAUGGCAUUUGCGAGUGCAUAAAGCGAGUCACACUGGUGAGGAAACAUACACAUGUAGCACAUGCAAUUAUACUACUUUAAGGCAAAUUGAUCUUGCAAACCAUGAAGCGAGACACACUGUCAAUCGUUUCAAAUGUGAAAAAUGUAGUUUCGCUUGUAAUCGUCAAUUUCAAUUGAAAAAUCAUGAAAGGAUAACACAUGAUGAGAAGCUGAACAAGCGUAUCCAGACGACUUAUGCUCACAACGGUUCAAGAAACCAUCUAUCGAUACAGAAAGAUUCGGCAGAGGAUCUGCUGGCACCACCACUAGUUCCAGUUCAAGGCAAAUAAUUGAUAAUUACCAAUUUGUGGACAAGUACCCGCCGAGUGGAAACAAGGACACCUGGUGAAAGUCCCGAAGAAGGGUGAUCUAUCGCGGUGCGAUAACGGCGCGGCAUCACACUACUUCCAGCUGCUGCCAUAGUCUUGGCAAAAGUCCUCCUCAAUCGCAUCGCACCUAAAGUAGCUGAUACUCUGCACGAAGAACAGGUGGGUUUUCGCCCGGGUCGCUCCUGCACUGACCACACCAACACCCUACGUAUCCUCAUAGAACAGUGCGUGGAAUGGCAAUCGGAACUGUUCUUGGCUUUCGUUGACUUCGAAAAGGCCUUCGACACUGUGAAAUGGAGCGCAUUUGUGGUCUAGCCCAGGGGUUCCCAAAGUGUGCGCCGCGGCGCCCUGGUGCGCCGUAGAAAGUAAAGAGGGGCGCCGUGAGUUCUAUCAUUAUCCGAAAUCACAAAUAUUCGCGGGUACCUCUUUGAGCGCUCGCAUCGGUAAAUAAUAUAGCGUCGUGUCACUCUUUUUCGACCGUGAUUUUAAAUUUACAAGAAAUACUAAACUUGUAACUGCGCCACAUGUUGAAAAAGAUUGGGAACCCCUGGUCUAGCCUAAGCAGGAGGGGUAUCCCUACCUGUAUCGUCCGCAUAAUACGCUCUUUAUACGAAGGUAGCAAUUUUUUCGCGAUUUCGGGGUUGGUCCCAUAGUAAAAAUUGCUCAGUGUGAGCCCAAAACCUCCCUGGCAACGGGAAUGCACAUAUUUUUUGGCCACCUAUGUAUAUUCCAAUAUAAAUAAUUCUGGUUUUACGCUGUUCCACUUUACACCGGUAAAUAGAAGAGAUCGUUGAAAAUUGAUCUUUUGAUUUCGAAACACUUUAAUUGGGUGAAUCAACUUUUUUUGUUUUGUUAUCCUGUCCCGUUGUCCAAGGGACAACAGUGGCACAGUUUGUUUGAAGAGACGUUGUAUGCCGUUCUAUUAACAUGCUUAGUAGGGGGCCCAUUAUGGGCAUUGGUUAUAACGACCACAAAAACGCAAGUUUAAUACAUUGAAGUACCAUAAAAUCAGUAUUUUAAUGAACUUUUGUCCCCUGGACAACUAAUCGUAACCAUGGCAACGAGUGACUCUAAAAAGUUGAUUCUCCCAAUUACUUCGAAGUUUCGUGCAUUUCAUAAUAAAUAACUGAUUUAGUAUGUUGCCUCUUGAACAGAAGCCUCGAAGCGGUAGAUCUCUGGGAACAAGUGACCCUGGGCCCAUCAGAAAGAUUGCUAAUAGAAUUUGCGAAAACAAAGCAUACCUGUCAUAAUUAUCGUAAAAACUGGGGUACAUAUGCGGGUAAAGUGCAACAAACGACGAUGAAAGUCAGUUCAGUUCUUCGUACGAACGUUUAGCAUUUUUAGAUUCAUCCAUGGUAUUUAAAAAUACUAAAACGAAAAUGUCGAGUAGCUGAAAUACACGAACAACAUUAUUAACAAACGUCAGUUGUGUCCAACGAGUGACGUCAUCGGCUCUGUAGAAUUCGCGCCAAAAAUGAUGAGCGUUUCAACCGCUCAAAAUUAUUCAACAUUGAAAAUAUUUUUUAAUAAACUAAUGAGAAGAUUUAUAA